ACCAGUGUCAAUCAUGCCACGAGGAAAAUCUGCCAUCAGUACUCGGACAGACGACAGUGAGAUGGAUGUGGAUGCCUCAGAAAUUGCAAAGCUGCAGAGACAGUUCAGAAUCAUGGAUGGAGACCGCCAGGCCUACAGUAUUCAAGCUCGGAAGCAAAUCCGCAAACAAGAACAGGAGAUCGAGAAGCUGUUGAAGGAGCAGGAGGAGAUGCAGUGUAAGCUGGGAGUGUGUAAGAGUCUGAGCAGACAGCAGCAGGACCAGCAAGAGGCACAAGGACUCAGGACUUUACUGGACCAGAUUCAACUCAUGGAAGAUGACUUUGAAAAAGAGAGAGACAGCCAGAAGAAACUGGAGCAAGAGAUUUCUGGUAUAGAGCUGAAGCUGGAGGAGUUGAGGAAAGGAGAGGUUAGCAGAGGAGACAAACUCAAGACUGAAGUCCGGCAAACUCAAAAAGCCAUCCGCACUUUAGAGAACAAACUGGACAGAGCUUUGGCUCGAUUUAGUGAACAGCUGACAAAGAACAGGGAUCUGAGAGAGGAGCUGCAGCUUCUGCACACUGAAAGAGUCCGCUUCCAACAACUGUAUAAAAGGCUGGAUAAGGAGCUUCAAGAAGUUCGCAAAAAGAUUGGUGAAGUCAUCAAACAAUCCACAGCUGCUUAUGAUGCAAGAGUGGAGGCUCAGACCAAAAUGAGCUUGAUGAAAGAGAAGACAGUUAAAGAUCUGGCUCAGUACAACACAGAGAUGAAGGAGCUGGAAAGGCUGAUUUCACACGACCACAAUCACAAAUCAUUUAUGACCACCAAGUGCAAUGACCGUCCUGGUGAUGGAGACCAAAAACAGGUGUCAGACAUGAAAGAAGUGCGGAGGAUGGACUCUUUGGGGGAAGAGUCACUGGAAACUCUGGAGGAAGUGUUUGAAAGAAUUCAGAAGGUCACAGGAGAAGACAACCUGGAAGUAAUGGUGGCCAAGUUCCUUCAAGUUGAGGACAGGAACUUCGCACUCUUUAAUUUUGUUAAUGAGCAAAACAAGGAGGCUGAAGCUUUGAGGGAGCAAAUCAACCAGAUUAAAGAGGAGAUGGAGCAGUUCAGAGUGGAGGGCGUGUUGCAAGAACAGAAUCAAGGUAUGUUGGUUCAAGAAAUUGACAACCAACAAAAGGACAUUUUAUCGCAAGCUGAAGAAUAUGAAAACCAAGCAGACAGCAUAAGCAAAACAUUGGAUCUUGUUAAAACAGGGAUCAACAAUAUAUUCACUAAACUGGAGUGUGACCAGUCUGUGAUAGAAGACAUUUUGGGUUCAUCAACUGGAAUCAAUGACAAUAACAUUAUGUCCUAUUUGAGUCUGAUUGAGCAGAAAACCAAUGAGAUGCUCACUGUACGGGCCUAUCUUCAGUCCAAGGACCUCGAGAAAGAUUACAAUCCCAAAGACUUGGCUAAAUUUCUUCUUGGCCAAAAUCCAGUGAUGCUGGAGGAGGACGAUGCUGCUCAGACCACUAUCAACAGUGUCAACUACGCAGAAGAGCUUAAUAUUGCUGAAGAUGAGGAAAGGCCCCUGUCCAAAGGAGAACUACGGAGAAGAAUCAUAAAUGAGGUUAUGCAAAAAGACACUUCACCUGGACAAAUGGCAAGAAAAAGCUCCAAGACCAGUUUACAGAGCAGCAGCAGACAACGUUCUCUGGAGGACCCCCUACUGUGAUCCUAGUCUGUCAUUACACUCUCGCCAACCAAACCACCAACAUGAAAAUGCAAGACCCAAGUCCUUCAAGACUGCAAAUGUUUAGAAGAAAAUGAUUGUGUCUUAGAACUUGAAUAUUUACAUCAUGUAACAUUUAUGUUGUUGUAUGGACCAAGGAAAAGGUAGUUUGUUAGUUUGUUAGUUUUAGGGAAGUCAUGUAUAAUUAAUAACAAUAGCAGCAACUGUUACAUUAUGUCAUUCCCCCUGCAACAAAAUAAUUCAAUUUUAAUCCCAAAAGCUUGCCAUGGGAUAUCAUCUAAAGGUCCAUUAUAUAACUUAUUAGAA